UCUAACGAUGCUAACCCUCUGAUCUCCUCCUUUUUUCUCUCAGAAACAAAGGAAGAAACCAGAUCUGGUCUUCCACACUCCUUCUCUUUCUAUCUGUGGCGGCAAAGGUCAAAAUACACCGAUAUCUUCAGCUUCUUCUUCUACAAAAAGGCUUACUCUUUUUUCCUCGAUCCAGAUUUGCGAGACUGGCAAAAUUAUGACGGCGGCGACAAGGCCAAUCCAACGGCGACCGGCGGCGGGCAAAGCUCACGGUGGCUUCUGAGCUGGACUCAGGCUUCUUUUCGUCUACCCUUCUCCAUCGCUGACCAUCGGCAUCAGAGCCGGUCGAGCCCAAACCGACCAGAAAUUUAGAUCUAGGUCUCGGUUCAGUUUUUUUGUUUUCAUUUUUGUUGGUUUUGGUUGCAUCUAUAUCGCAUGUUUUUUUUCCCCUUUUAUGUGUGUUCGAUCCAGAGGAAGGGAGAUAGAUCUCGACGACGGCGAGGAAUGAAGCAUCGCCGAAUCACCCCAAACUGUCCAAAAAGACAUAGAUCUGAGUAGAAGAGAGAUAGAUGUGGUCGGCGAGUGAUUAGCCACCGUCAGAGACUCAGACAACAAGGAAACCGAUGACCUCGUACUGACCUGGGAUGUUAGUUUUAGACUCGUC